CGAGCAGCCGGGGAGCCGGAGAGCCGGGGCUCGGGAGCCAUGGCCCCACCUGUGCGGAGCCUCUUCUGCCUCGGGCUGUGGCUGGCACAGGUGGCCCGUGCGCGGCAUGGCCCACUGCCCAGGCCGACCCUCCAGGCCCUGCCCAGUGCCCUGGUGCCCCUGGGCUCGCUGGUGACGCUGCGCUGCCGGGGGCCCCCGGGUGUGGACCUGUACCGCCUGGAGCAGCUGGGCACCCGCAAGUACAGCGACCAGGACGUGUUGGUCAUCCCGGCCCUGGACAGCAGCUCUGUGGGGCGCUACCGCUGCUCCUACCAGAACGGGAACCGCUGGUCGCCCGCCAGUGAGCCACUGGAGCUGGUGGCCGUCGGAGUCUUUGACAAGCCCCAGCUGUCGGCCAUCCCCGGCCCCGUGGUGCGCUCGGGUGAGGACGUGACCCUGCAGUGCCAGACCGGGAGCGGUUUCGACCAGUUCGCCCUCUCCAAGGAGGGCCAGGCCCGGCCCCAGAAGAGGCCCGAGAGCUGGUACCAGGCCAGCUUCCCCCUCGUCACGGUCACGGCCGCCCACAGCGGGAUCUACAGGUGCUACAGCUACGCCAGCACGUCCCCGUACCUGUGGUCAGCCCCCAGUGACCCCCUGCAGCUCGUCGUCACAGCGUCCAGCACGCGGCCGGGCACUCGGCGUGGCUCGGGAGGUGCCCGCGGGAUGCGAGGAGAGCCAGCAGGGUCUUCUGCCAACAGCAGCGGCUCCGCCGGGGGUGCGCACCCCCUCCCCGCGCACACAGCCCGGCCGCCUCUCCCGUCCUCUUUGCCCCUCCCUCCAGACGUCUCAUCCCACACCCCCGCCAGCCUGGCCCGCCUGUGCCUGGGCGCCCUGCUCCUCGUCCUCCUGGUGGGGCUGGUGGUCGAGGAUUGGCACAGCCGGAGGCACGCACGCAGGCGCAGGCGCAGGGUGGCACGGCGGCCGCUGCCCCCACUCCCACACUCCCCCACACCUCACCGCCGCUAAGGCCGCACCGUCCCAGAGGCUCCGGGCCCUGCCCCUGCUUGGCGGCCCACCUUGAGGAGGGAAGCAGGGGGUCCCCAAGUCCUCCGCACCAUCCGUGGCUUCGCGUCGCAUCUGUCUGCCUGGGAUACAGGAAGACGCACGGCUGCAGGCCAGGGCUGGGCGCAGGCUCCAUCCACCUUGCCGGACUGUGGCUCAGCAGGCACAGCUCUCCCCGUGGCUUGGCUCGGAGUCC